GUAGAUCAGGUGAACGCAGAGGAAGAAGCUCCUCAGGCCGGUGUCGGCAAGCCCAAUCCACAGCGGGGCCAAGAAGAGGUUUCAAAGCCAGGCAGUGAGGGAGAGAACAGAACCCCUGCUAGGUCAGGCUCGGCACAGCCAUCCAGAAAUGGACACGAGGCCAGCGCAGACUCGCAGUCAGCAGAGGCACCGUGGCCGCCGAUGGCUGAAUCCCACGUGGCCGAUGUAGCUGCCCCACUACACAAACUCCCUGAGGAGGACCCCACUCUGCCCCUGGCACCAGAUGGGUGUGGUGAGCACGUGGUUCCCAAAAGGCCUCGUGGUGGGGAAAGCUUGCUGCCCGCCCCUGGCCAACCCUCCCGGCUGGAGCACCAUGGAGCUGGACAGGACAUUCAAGUUGACAGGUCACCUCCCUGUGACCGGGAGAAUUCAGCAGUGGAUGGUAGCCUCACGAUGUUCAGGGUGGGGCAAGAGUGUCAGCGGGCAGCAUCCUGUGCGGGAAGUAGCCAGACAAGAGGAGCUGCUGAGAUCCCCCUCCAGCCAUCCCCGUUGGACCCUGAAGCAUCCAUCGUGGAUGCGCUCAGGGAAGAGGCCCAACCACUUGCAAAUGAGAAAGAGGCUCAUCCCGGCAACCCGGAUGAUAAAAGCCAGGGUGUCCAUCCUUCCCCAAGCCACGCACCCAUGGAGCCUCAGAGGGAUGCGAGACUCCCGGCUCAUGGGGGACAGGACCUGGCAUCCAGAUUGGAACAUCAACAUGAGGCCCCCAAAGGUAGUCAGUCUGAUGCUCCAACUCCCUCCAAGCAGCCGGAAUCAACCCCAACAGGGCAGGAGUGGCCCGUACUAGGGGAGAAUAGGCAAAAGGGAGCGGGCAAUGGUGCUGAGCUGGUAAGUGUCUCACCUGCUACCGCUGACACCCUAAAAGAUGCUUCUCUUGCCGAGAACUUGGGUGGGGAGGAAAGUUGCUACACUGGGCAGAGGCUAAACAAGUCCCAACAGGAGCUGGUUGAUGCCAUGAAAACAGGCAGCCGGCACGAAGACGCAGGUCCCAUGGGCCCCCCGCCCCCAGGCGUGGGUGAGACAGAGACGGCAAGUGGAAACACAAUGGAGGCCCCGCCUUGUCCACCUGACUCAGUGGUGUUCCAAGAUGCAGCUCACUGCCUGCCAGUCCCAGAGCCUACCAGCCUCAGCAUCGCACCCCCCCGGGGUGCCCCAGAGAAAGAAGCACGUGGUGAAACCCAGGAAGACAGGCGGCAACCCGUGCCAGCCCCGCAGCGGGAAACGGAAUGCCCAGCCGUGGCGGAUGCAGGAGAUUCCCCAGCGGCCCAGGACCAAGAUGGCGCAGUGAGGGCUGCUGAGACCUGGGAGAACUCCAGGCCAGGCGGCCCAGGGAUGCAGCAGGCUCCCGAGGGCCCCGCGGCUGCUCUGAGGGGUGACUUCAUUCAGGAGGAGCACGGCUUCCCCUCUGGAGCCGAAUCUCCCACCUCCGACCCGGGUGAGCCUUGCCGAGCUGAGCAGCUCACGCCCGGCUGCCAGGAUGCCCUGCUGCCAGCUGGGGAGCCGGGUGGGAUUCCCAGAAGCACUGGGGAGAGCUCUGCCCGUGGGACGGUCACCGACUCAAAGAGGCUCCUGGCGUGGGGGCCACCUGAGGGCACUGGGCCUGACCUGCUUUACCUGCGGAUGGACGGUGCUGCUAGAAAGGAAGCCGAAGACGACGGAGCCCAAGCCAUUUCUACAAAAGGCCCCUGCCACACGGAGGAGUCACUGCUGUCUGCUGGCUCCUUUGACUCGCUCCUACACCCGGGAUCUGCAAGUGGGGGGCACUCGGGGGUGCCCGCUGGCAGUGGAAGCCCCAAAGCCGGGCUGCCUCUUCUGGCUGAGGGUGAGCAGACAUCCGAGGAGGAACAAGUACCUGCAGCCCCGGAGGUGGACGCCAGGCUCUGCGGGUCGGCAGCGGGCCCUGUGAGGGAGGUCAGCACUGCAGGCGAGGUUGUCCAGGCGACGGAGCACAGCAAGGACAGAAUGGUCCAGGCUUCUUCGGAUGCAAGGAAAGGGGCCUCGGGUAGCGUGGGCCCCGGCUCCAAGCAGACCAGAGUGAUCGCGGGGCUCCCUGACUUCAGAGAACACAUCACCAAGAUCUUUGAGCAGUCUGUGCUUGCAACCCCGGCUGCUGAGCGAUCCCAGAGUGAAAAGACAGGCGCCGGAAGGCGUACAGUGGGGAAGGACCUCACCAGACCACCAAGCCCAGAGAAGCUUCUAGAAGGGACAAAAGGAGUGGCUGUUGCUCCUCUCCCUGAACCUCCUGCUGGACUCUGGGUGGAGAAGAAGCACAAACUGGCUGUCGAGGCUGAGCCUUUUCAUCUGAUUUCCGAGGGUGCCGCUUUAGACGAGCCUCCCGGUCCGAUGGGGCCAGCUGUGGCACAGAACCUUCCAGAUGCCUGUGUUGAAGAGAGGGUGACUCGUGUCCCACCAAGAGAGAGAAGUGAGGGGCCAGAGGGAUCUGGGGAGGCAGGGCCGGGAGUCCAGGCUCCCUUGUCCCCAGGGAGGGGUGAGCAGAAAUCAGCUUCAGGUCAUUCCUCUCCCGGGCAGGAUCGGGGGGUACCUGCAGGGAGCACCCAUGACUUCCGGGUGUCUCCCCGGAUCCUUGGAGAAGAGGAGCUGGUUCUUUCUGGAAAAGAGUCCCUGGAGAUCCUGGCAAGACACAGAGAAGACGCUGUCUUGGACUGUGCUCUCCCAGGAGGCGUGCCAGGAUCCACCUGUGCCCUAAAAGCAUCGUCUACCUGUGGGGAUGCUUCGAUUGUGCCCACGGCUAAGCGUGAUCCCAGGAGCCCUGACGCCCUCGGGGGUGAGAGGAAGCCGGAAGCUGCUGCCGGCACCACGAGCGUGCACUGUGCCCCUGGAACGGUGUCCGGCAGUCCCCCGGAGGCCAGCAAGGCGACAGGAGCUGCUGGGGGAGCCCAGGGUGGCGUCACGCUGAGCACGGCCGGGACACAGGCACGUGCCUCGGGUGUCCUGCCCGAAACAGCUCCCGCGAGGCUGCUUCCCGGCGUGGCUCCUGACUCAGCGCCGCCGGGGAGCUGUCAGGACCCAGCUUGCUCCGAUCAGACUGAGCCAAUGGAGGGUGCAGCCGCCUCCCAAGGGGACAGCCCCGCCGGGCACCCGAAGACCAGGGGGCAGCCAGGACCCGAGCUCCCCGCUCCUGCCGGCCCUGGGAAGGCCCAAGUCUUGGUUCCAGAAGAGCUCAACACUGACAGGAAGAACCCCGGGUCCGUCCCAGCCACCUUCCCUCUGACUCCUGAGAAGGACGUUCCGAGAGUCCCUUCCGAUGAGGCCAGAGGCGUAGGAGGACCAGCAAGGAGUUCUGACUCAGAAGAAGCAUUCGAGACCCCAGAGUCAACCACCCCUGUCAAAGCCCCACCAGCCCCGCCCCCACCGCCCCCUGAAGUCAUCCCAGAACCCGAGGUCAGCGCACCACCAGCCCCGGAAGAACCAGGAUGCGUCUCUGAGCCGGUCCCGGUCCCCGAUGGCCCGCGCAGUGACUCGGUGGAAGGAAGUCCUUUCCGACCCCCGCACUCCUCCUCGGCCGUCUUCGACGAAGACAAGCCAAUAGCCAGCAGCGGGACUUACAACCUGGACUUUGACAGCAUCGAGCUGGUGGAUGACUUGCAGAGCUCGGAGCCUCGCCCCUCCGACGGUAAGGGGCCGGAGUGCCGGGUGAGCGCGCGGAGGAAGUCCACCGAGUGCACGCCGCCCUCCAAGUCCACGCUGUCGCGCUCGCUCAGCCUGCAGGCCGGCGACUUUGACGGGGCCGGCUGCCUGGGCAGCCCCGAGGCCGCGGCCCUCGCCCCAGAUGCGUGCGGCACGGGCUCCAGCAGCGCGUCCAGCACCCUUAAGCGAACUAAAAAGCCACGGCCGCCUUCCUUAAAAAAGAAACAGACCGCCAAGAAACCCACGGAAACCCCCCCGGUGAGGGAGAGCCAGCAGGAGCCGGCCGAGGACAGGCCGGCCCCCGGCGAAGAGCACCCAGCCUCCGAGCCGCAGGCCCAGCUGUCCGCGGUAGAAGGUUCCGGGUCCGCCGUGUUGGAGGAGGAGACGCCCCCGGAGCCCCCCGCCGUGACUCAGGCCCCCUGUCCUCCCGAGCCGGAGGCCGCUGGGCCCCCCGUCUCCGGAGGCGGCAGAGUGCAGAACUCACCGCCCAUUGGGAGGAAAACGGUGCCUCUGUCCGCCGCCCCCGAGGCGGUGGAGGGGGCCCCAUUGGACAGUGGGGAGCAGGAGGACCCCCCGGCCAAAGGGCUCUCAGUGAGGCUGGAGUUUGACUAUUCUGAGGACAACCAGCAGGAGAAUUCCCCGCCCACCAAAAAGCUAGGCAAGAAGCCAGUUGCCAAGAUGCCCCUAAGGAGGCCAAAGAUGAAGAAGACCCCCGAGAAAGUCGACCCCACCCCUGCCUCACCCACCCGAUCCCCGGACCCCAAUGACAUCCCCAUUGCCAAAGGUACCUACACCUUCGACAUCGACAAGUGGGAUGACCCCAAUUUUAACCCUUUCUCUUCCACCUCAAAAAUGCAGGAGUCUCCCAAACUGCCCCAACAGCCCUACAGCUUUGACCCAGCCGCCUGCGACGAGUCCCUUGGCCCCUUUAAGACCCCCAGCUCGCCUUCCAAAUCCCCAGCCUCCUUUGAGAUCCCAGCCGGUGCCGUGGAAGCCAACGGAGUGGACGGGGACGGGCUGAACAAGCCCGCCAAGAAGAAGAAGACGCCCCUGAAGACUGACACAUUUAGGGUGAAAAAGUCGCCCAAACGGUGUCCUCUCUCAGAUCCUCCAUCUCAGGACCCCACUCCAGCCUCCACCCCGGAAGCCCCACCCGUGAUCUCUGCCGUGGUCCACGCGACCGAUGAGGAGAAGCUGGCGGUCACCAGUCAGAAGUGGACGUGCAUGGCGGUGGACCUGGAGGCCGACAAGCAGGACUUCCCGCAGCCCUCAGACCUGUCUACCUUCGUCAAUGAGACCAAAUUCAACUCGCCCACGGAGGAGUUGGAUUACAGGAGCUCCUAUGAAAUUGAAUAUAUGGAAAAAAUUGGCUCUUCCUUACCUCAGGACGACGACACCCUGAAGAAGCAGGCCUUGUACCUCAUGUUCGACACGUCUCAGGAGAGCCCCGUCAAGUCUCCUCCGGUCCGGAUGUCGGAUUCUCCAACGCCUUGUUCAGGGUCAAGUUUUGAGGAGACGGAAGCACUUGUGAAUGCUGCCGUGAAAAUCCAGCAUCCCGUCACUUGCGGGCUGGCCUCCAACCAAGAGCCUCACCUGCAGGUGCCAGACAAGUCCUCCCAGAAGGAGCUGGAGGCCAUGGCCUUGGGCGCCCCGUCAGAGGCCAUGGGAAUUACGUCUCCGGAGGGGGCCUUUGCCUCUGCUGACGCUCUCCUCAGUAGGCUGGCCCAUCCCGCCUCUCUCUGUGGCGCGCUUGACUAUCUGGAACCUGACUUAGCAGAAAAGAACCCCCCAGUAUUUGCUCAGAAACUUCAGGAGGAGUUAGAGUUUGCCAUCAUGCGGAUAGAAGCCCUGAAGCUGGCCAGGCAGAUUGCCCUGGCCUCCCGCAGCCGCCAGGACGCCAAGAGAGAGUCUGCCCACCCAGCCGAUGUCUCCAUCUCGAAAACCGCCUUGUACUCCCGCAUCGGGACCGCCGAGGUAGAGAAACCCGCGGGCCUUCUGUUCCCACAGCCUGACUUGGACUCCGCGUUGCAGGUCGCCAGAGCAGAGGUCAUCACCAAGGAGAGAGAGGUCUCAGAGUGGAAAGAUAAAUAUGAAGAAAGCAGGCGGGAAGUGAUGGAAAUGAGGAAGAUCGUGGCCGAGUAUGAGAAGACCAUCGCACAGAUGAUAGAGGAUGAACAGAGAGAGAAGUCCGUGUCCCACCAAACCGUGCAGCAGCUGGUCCUGGAGAAGGAGCAGGCCCUGGCUGACCUCAACUCCGUGGAGAAGUCUCUGGCUGACCUCUUCAGGAGAUACGAGAAGAUGAAGGAGGUCCUGGAAGGCUUCCGCAAGAAUGAAGAAGUGUUAAAGAAAUGUGCACAGGAGUACCUGUCCCGAGUGAAGAAAGAGGAGCAGAGGUACCAGGCCCUGAAGGUGCACGCGGAGGAGAAAUUGGACAGGGCCAAUGCUGAGAUUGCCCAGGUUCGAGGCAAAGCCCAGCAGGAGCAAGCUGCCUACCAGGCCAGCCUGCGGAAGGAGCAGUUGCGAGUCGAUGCUCUGGAAAGAACACUGGAGCAAAAGAAUAAAGAGAUAGAAGAACUCACCAAGAUUUGUGAUGAACUGAUCGCCAAAAUGGGGAAAAGCUAACUUCGAACCAAAAUGCGUGGACUUGAGCGUUGCGUGCAAUAUGACCGUCGGCACAUUGCUGUCCCUCGGGACGAGGGCAGGUUCUCUUCUCACCUUUCGUAUGCACUACUGUAUUUCCUUCCUCCAUAGAGUCGAUUUGAUUGUAUGCAGCACUGAGGAGACGAUCAAGAUUUCUUGCUAUUGGUUUGCAUUUUCCUAGUCUAAUUCAUAGCAAGUUGACCUCAGAGUUCCUGUAUCAGGGAGAUUGUCUGGUUCUCUAAUAAAAGACAAAUUGCUGACCUUGGCCUUGCCAUUUGUACACAGAUUCCCAGGGUGAGCAGCUUUUGAUUUACUAUGAACAUGUACAGCGUGCAUAGGGACUCUUGCCUUAAAGAGUGUAAACUUGACCUGCAUUUGCUGAUUUGUUAAAAAAAAAAAACAAAACGCGCAUGUUUGGAAUAAAAUCCUCUAUUGUAAAUAAACAUUUUUUUCUUUGGAUCUUG